AUGACUUCUGCAUUGGAUCAAUAUCACACUGUCAAUGCAGCGUGGGCGGAGGGUCGACUCGAAAAUGUGUUACAGCGACAGAAAGAGCUUGCUUUACUACAUGCCGACAUCAAGAGUUCCUCUUCGAAUCUGAUCAAGGCCAUAUGUGAUGAUCUUCAAACCUCGAAAGCAAGCGCAGCUGAUGAGCUCCAAUUGGCCCUCGAUUCGAUCAAAUAUCUAUAUGAUGACCUAGACUUUCCAAGUACCUUGGCCAAGGAGAAGCACGUCAAAAAGGGAGCCAGUUCAUCUAGCAAUUUGAUUGCUCUGGGCCCCGUUCUAAUCGAUCCCUCUCCCUUAUCGCCAUUUCUUAGCACGGUUGCACCGCUCGCUGCGGCUGUUGCCGCCGGAAGCUCUGCAAUUGUGCUAGCCUCAUCAGCGUCACAUAAGCUCAAUACCGAGCUUCGCAUCCUCAUCAACAAGAGCUUGGACGUCGAAGCCUUUGCCAUAACAGAGAGUGACUCGACCGAUAUCCGUCGAGAGCUAAGCAAACAGCACUUUGGUGCUGCUGCCCUACAGAACUUGUCUCUGCGUGAUACUCUCUUCAUGUCUCUCCAUAAGACGAACCCAUUGAUCAGGGCGCUCUCGCCACCCUCUGGAAUCCCAUCUGCGUUUGUAGAUCGCUCUGUCGAAGAUAUAGACGCCGUCGCAAGUCACCUCGCUUCCUCUGGCCCACGAGCACCUCGCUACAACCCCUUGCGAACGCCACGUCUGGUUUUUGUCGACGAAAUACACAUCGCGCACCUGGACAAACUCAUACGUGCAGAGUCCGGUACGGACUCAUCACUGUCCUUUAGCAACGGCAGAGACGAAGCCCAGGCUUUCGAUAGGCUUCUAGCAUCCAUAUUCCCAACCUCGAAACGGAAGCUGCCGAAACAUGUAUCCGGUCGUCUGCCUGCCGUCAUCACGUUAGAUAACGCCGAUGCCAAUAUAGCCGAACACGUUCAAAAAGCUGCGGAAUUGAUCGCAAACAGUGAUAACGGUCUUCUACUAGUCCCAAUACGAAGUUUGGACCACGGCAUCGAUAUUCUCGGCAAGAUAAACGCAAAUAACCCUUCCCAGGCAACGUAUAUUUUUGCCUCGUCCCAGGCCUCGUCCUACGUCGCUAUGUUCACAAACACCCUCCAAGUGUUUAUCAACGCCAUCCCUCAAUGGUCACUGGCCGCUGUAGCUCCCUCGACAUCAUUCGUCGAGGGUCGCUUGCUGUACCGCAGAGAAGACUUUUCUGUCAACAAACCUAUCCUACAGGAUUCGCUCCAGCCCGUUGAUCCCAUCGGAGCAGUAGUAAACUCUGCUUGGCCCUUCCUGUCUCAUAGCUUGCAACUCGGUAGGAUCCAGCAGCAAAAAGGUGGAAGGCUGAGCUAUUUCGAGCGUGGCUUGUUGGUUGGACUGGCCUUGUCAUUGAUCGCUGUUUCGGGCACGGGAUUUGGUAUUUACCGAGGCAUUUCACAUUUUGCCAGACACUCUUGA